AUGAGGACCUUUGCGCCGCGGCCGAGACAAGAAGAGGAGCGCAGCUUGCAGAGGAUCUGGGGGAAAGUCAAAAGGUCGGCUGCUGGAUUGCCGCUUUUGAUGAUGGCAUCCCUGGACCAAUCUGGGGCCCGGGCAAAGGACGCCAAGGUGACGAGCGGCCGAGAGAGAGCCCACACCACUCCCGAACUAUGUAACCGCCGCGGCAAACGUCAUACACGGACGGGUACGUCUAACACCAGCACCACCACCAGCACCACCAACCACCGCAGCCGACUGACCUCGCAAGCAGACAAGUAA